AUGGAACUCUUAGGAGUCAAGGCAGCUAACAAAGUACAUCGGGGAUUUAUUAACUGUAUCAUGAUAUUUAUGGCUUGGAAUGUCUACAGCUUCAUCCGCAACUACAAUAACUACUGGAGAAUUAGAAGAGAUCCUAACAUUCCAAGAUAGUGGUUGGAAGAAAAGCAACAGGUCGGUGGAGAAGACUGGAAGAUUGAAAGAGAAAGAAUUGAUAGAGACGUCAGAUUUCAAGGCGAUGCCAAUGGUGCUGCCCCUAAUGGCAAUCUAGGUAAAAAGAGAGGAUUCUAUGAGUGA